AUAUACACAGUAAAAAGGGCCAGCAUCUUUUAAUUUAACGAAAGUUCGCUAAAAAAAGAAAAAAAUACGAAAAUUUAUUAUUUUGAAAUUUCAAAAAAUAUUCAUAUCAGGAUACCAUGAUUGUAAGAUACAUAAAUUUCUGAUGCCGUAUUACACGACUCCUAUAGAUAAAGACUCGAGAUAGUGUGACUACGUGCAGAAAAAUGUAAAUAUAUAUAUUUAAAGUAUAUACACAAGAAUUUUUUAUUACCGGAUAUGUGCAUCUUUAUAUUCAAUAUUUUUACAGUUCUUGUGCUUGAGUUCCUAUUAAAAAAGUCGAAGUAUAAUUUAUAAAUGUGGUAUUUAGUAUACGUGGAAACAGAUACUGCACUUAUUGAAAUGACUUCUUUCGUAGCGUGCUGUGUUUUCAUGGGCUUAUACAUAGGAGAAUCAAUGAGCUAUGUGUGUGAGAAUGUGUGCAUGCGUGUACACGUGCAUAUGAAGUGUCUCUUACAUGUAAAUCAAUACAUUAUAAAACAAAACAAAAAUAUCAAUGAUUAAUUUGGAUAUGAAGCCUGAUAGUAAUUCUAUUGUAUGAAAUUAUAUCUGAACAUCACUGUAUACCAUAUUAUUUAUCUAUCAGUAUAAGAAAUCAUUUUGUAGUGAAAUGUAUCCUUUUAAUUAUUUAAUAAUUUGCUUAUAGUAUACCAUCUCAUUCUCUAAAAUGACCGAAUACGUUUUGAAGUACAGAAAGCUUUAAGAGUUAACAAAAAAAUCUGACAUUUCUAUACCCUUACUUUAAAAAUAUAUUAUAGAGAGAGGUAGGUAACCAGAAAUAUUAUUCAAGCAAAGCAUAUACAUUUUCUUACAUAUUCGAACUAUAAUACAAAGAUAAAUUAAUAAUGAACAAUCAAAUACAUUUAUAUAUAAAAAUUGUAUAAAAGUAAAAAGAUUGUUUAUCAUAACUCUAAUCAACAGUUUAGAUAUAUACUCAUUGAGAGUAUAUUAAACGUAGUAAUGACUUAUUAAUUCUGUUAAAAUAUGUUUUACUUAUUUGAUAAUGAGACUAUGUAUCUAUAUGAGACUAUAUAUUAGUAAAAAAAAAUCCAUUACAUUUUUUAGCAACAAAUCGACAGAUAUGUAACUUAGAAAAUAUAUUUACAAAUUGCAUACAAUAUUAUAACUUCAAAUUCUAACUUUAUAUCAUAUUUUCUCUUAAAUUUGUAUCUGUAAUAAGGAUUAUUUUAGAAUAUUGUAUAUCCUGUCUCAUAGGAUUUCAAUAUAAUUUAGUACAUGGAUAAUAUACAAAAGAUAUACAAAUUGAAUAAUCAUGUUAGAACCCAUAAUAUUUAUUUUUAACAUUUAUUAAUUUCAUAUACUAGUCAUUGAAAGUGAAUCGCAAAGUUUGUGUAACGAUACACAUUUAAUACAUUUGGUAUAAAAAAAACUGUACAAUGCAAUAAUUUUGCCAAUGUAAUUAUUGAUCAUAAAUCCAUUCAUACUGACUUUCAUUCAUAGGAGCAUACUUACUAUUUUCAUGUAAUUUAUGCAUGUUAAUAACUAUUAUAUCGCUAUUUCUGCCAUCUGUUUACAUAUGUUUCCUUAAUGGAAAUAACUUCUAAUAAAAGUGGAAGUAUUUUCUUAUGCAUUUAUAAUUCAGUGAAAUGCAUAUAAGAGCAUAAGGAACGUGCAAAAUCCUAUGAUAACUCCAAGAAUUAAAGAAUCUCGUCUCUUCCUUAAAUUUAUUCUUUGUAAUAGACUACUCACUGCUGGGAAUCGAUUAGAAAUGUCAUUAAAUCUAGUCUGUAUACGUUUGAAAGCUUGUCUUUGAGUAAUUAAAUGUUCUCGCGUUUCCAUUGCUAUACUUAUUUGAUCAUUAAUUAAACGAUCAGAGCUAAAAGUUGAAAUAAUUUAGUAAAACUUUCAUAAUGAUACAAGAAAUAUAAAUAUGAGUGUAAUAAAUUCAUCACUAUUAUGUAGCAUAUAUGUAUGUAGAUCUAAUUGAGUUUGUAUUUACUUACUUAUGAAUAUGUUGAUUUUCUUUCAAAUACAUUUCUCUACGGUUUAAUCCAGUUGUGGUUUUAUAAUUGCUAAAAAAAAGAUGAGGGUAUCAUACAAAAGGCAUUUAUACCAAACAUAUUCAUAGAAGAAAAAAAAAAAAAAAAAAAAAAAAAAACAAUGUAUUUUAUAUAACAUACUCAAUUUCCUUGCGCACGUUACCCAAAAGGUCUUCACGAUCCUUUCUUAUAGCAAAAUUAUUCCUAAUUUUAUUAAAUUCCAGUUUAUAAUCUUUUAAUAUUUCUUUAUGACGUUGCAUUGUAUGUAACAUAGCUGCUCCAUUUGGUUGCAAUUCACUCAUUUUCUCGUUAACAGUAAAUAACUAAAAAUUAAAUAUUUAGAAUAGGAUAAAACUGUAUAAUAUAUAGGAAAAUAAUGAAUUGCUUACUUUAGAUAAUAACGUUUCUAUCUCCAAGGCCAUAUUCUCAAACACAUGUUCUUCAUCUAAAAGUGGAACUUCAUCUGGUGUAACAUUUUUAGAAUGUGUAUUUACGCCUAACUUACUAAAUGCUACAAGUUUUGCAUCAAUUUCAUUUUCCAAGUGUCUCGCCUGCUUUCUUAAAUCUAUAAAUGGAUUUUCUUUUGUUGUAAAAACUUAUUACGUUUGUAGGAAGUGUGAGAGCUCCGAAGCGGAUUGUGAACGUCCAUUCUAUGAGUGUUGUAGCUGUAGAAAGAAUUUUUCUAUGAGAAAAUCAAAUCAGGAGAUUGCAGAUCGUAUUAAAAAAUCCGGCGAUAAUAUGGUGAAAGGUAGAGUUCGUACUCGGAAUAUAUCAGCCGUAACAUCUGGCAAAGAAAUUAUUCCACUAAUGAAGAAAGAAACAAAUACAAAUGGCUUUAAGAGAAGACAACGUAAUGCUCUCAAUGGAAUGCAGUCAAUUUCUAAUGAACAAGUGUCUUCUGCAUGUAUAACUGCCUUCUUUCCUAUAAAGGUUGCAAAUAUUACAAAUGUAAAUACUACUAAGGAAUCUUCCAAGGAUGUAGAUGUAAUGACAGGGCAUUGUUUUCUUACCAAAGAAGAAACCAUAUCUAUAAGUGUUGUAGAAGAGAUUGUAUCAGAUGUAGGAGAAUUUAAAACGGAUGAAACACCUGUAGCAGUACCAAUCCAUGGGCCUUCAACACCACAUAGAAUAAAUAUGCCAAAUAGUCAUAUAGAAGAAACUGAUAGUAGAGACAUAAUUAAUGGAAGAAAUAAAGGACUUGUUGCCUCAUGUACUCCCUCGCAACACCUCGCACGCCAACCUGCUCGUAGAAAAUUGAUUCAGAAUAAUACUCAACGUUCAGUGCAUCCAUCUGUUAUAGAAAGUACAAAUCAUACACUUGCAGAAUAUUUUCCAGUACGUCGAAGUGUGAGAAAAUCUAAGAAAGCUGUAUUAGAAGAAAAGCAAAGAGACAUAGAAGCAAAAGUCUUGCAACAAGUUGAGGAAGGUUUAGAAGUCAGAUAUUUUCCUGGUAAAGGACGCGGGGUUGUGACUACACGUCCCUUUAUGAAAGGAGAAUUUGUAGUAGAAUAUAUUGGUGAAUUAAUUGAUCAAGUUAUAGCAAAGAAACGUGAGAAAAUCUAUGCACAAGAUCAAAAUGCAGGAUGUUAUAUGUAUUAUUUCCAGCAUCGUAAUCAUCAGUAUUGUGUUGAUGCUACAGCAGAAACAAAUAAGUUGGGGAGGUUGGUAAAUCAUUCCAGAAAUGGAAAUUUAAUUGCUAGGAUCGUUGAAGUGGAAUCAACACCACAUUUAGUACUUACAGCAAAAGAAGAUAUACCGAUUGGUGUAGAAGUUGCAUAUGAUUAUGGUGAUCGAAGUCGAGAAGCUAUUCGUCAUCAUCCAUGGUUGGCUUUAUAGCACUUUAAAAUUACAUUUUAUAUUGUAACAAUGUAUUGAUAACGAUCUAUGUUGUUACUUCCACAAAAUAACUUAUUAUCCCAUGUAGUAUAUAUUUUCAAUGCCUGACUAUGUGCUGCAUUUAUGCAGUAUAUUAGUAUACGAAGUAUGCUUAUGUAUUAGGUCGUGUAUUGAUUUAGGAAAAAAUGCAUUAUUACAAGACAUCUACUAUGAAUUGCAUAAUUUAAAUAUAACUCUAAUAUUUUUUUUUUUUAAACUGCUAUCAACAAAUUAUAUUAUCUUAAUGAACUAAAACAUUAUCUAGUUGAGGCAUCUUAUGACGAAUAUGAAAAUGGUUAUAAGAUAAUAUAAUCUUUGAAAAAAGUUGUUGAUAUAUGUGUCUUUCACUUUAGCUAUGAUCAUGCUUAAUUUUCAAAAGUAUUUAUAUAUUGAAAUAAAUUCAGUUAUUUUCUUUUGUGAGUUAAUGUUGGCAAAAAAUAUUAAGUUAUAUAUUUGAUACAAUUAUAAUUAGAUUAGGUUCAACUAUAUAAAUAUUGCACAAAGAUGUAUUAAAUUAAAAAAUGAUUCUAAGCAGUAUAUCAUUUUACGACUAUGCAAUUUUUUAUUGUAAUCAUAUGAUCUUAAUAUAUGAAAUGUCCAUGA